UGGCAUUUCGUUUUGAAAAGAUGUCGCUUAAACAGGGCAUCGGCAGUGUGGUGUACUUGAAAAAGAGGAUACCGAAAAAUGAGAAAUAUCAACAUGUCAAAACAAGGCUGGACACAGGUUGCAGUCUCUCAAAGUAUAUGGAAAGGCUGGAGGACAUAAAAAAAAAUUACAGGUAUCGAAAUAAUGAAAUCUUUAAGCGGUUAAAGGUGACAACGUUUGCACAAUUGAUACUCCAGGUAGCCUCUGUAUCCGACCUGAAUGAAAGUGAGAUUGACGGUGAAUCCCACUGCCCAGAAGAUGGUCUGUCCGUGGUCUCUGAUGAGACUUGGACUGUUUGUCUGAACGCACAAUGGCAAUGCUCUCCUCAGGCGUCACCUGUUUCCUAUCGGCAGGAUGCAGGAGACAUAGAGAUGUGUAACUCUGCCCGGUCAACGCUGCUGAGGUACUGUACAGCUCCUAAGAAUGUGAAGCUUUACUGAAAACCUCGUACUGUACACAACAACCUAUAUCAUAAUAAUGAAGCUUUAUUUAUGUAGCACUUUUCAUACAGCAUGUCAUGCAGCUCAAAGUGCUUUACAAAAUGACACAUCACAAGUAAAAAAUAAACAACCAA